CAGUCUGUGUUCCCCUUUUACUCCCCGUGCCAAACAAUAUACUCCUCAGCCCCCUCGGCGCUCGCGACUCACCCUGGCCUGUAGUGGCGCUCGCCGGACGCCGGCCUGCCUGCUGCCGACCGCGCCUGCUCGCGGUCCACGUCGCCUCGGUCCAUGUCGCCGACUCACUAAGGGCCAACCGCGGACGGGCGCAUGGCCAUGAGGCCAGCGCACUGCCCACCGCGACGCCGUCACGUAGUCGCAGACGCGGGGAGCCACGAUCUGGUCAUCCACCGGCGCCGGGCGCACAAGAGCACACGGCCUGGUCGUCCGCCAGCGCCGGGCGCGCAAGAGCACACAGUACAACAACCCGCGGUUUGCAGUGGCGCUCGCCGCUUAGGAGCCUGGUGCCUGGAGCCGCUCAGCCGCCGCCGGUGGAAUCUAUAGAGUCCAGCGUGGAGAGUGCCUUACACCUGAACACCAAGUGGGCCUAAUGGGUCAACUGCCGGCUGUGAUGGACUAAAUUAGUUAUUUUUUUAUUUAAACAGGUUUUAUUAGAGAGAGGGUAGCUCCGCCCCUGGUCCUCGAGAUCCAUGCAUUUGAGUUUUAAGUUCUUAUCUUAUGUUUUCUCUUUAUUUAAAUCACACUAUAUAUGCAGUUAGCAAGCGUUCAUUUGAGAUGAUUGAGCCACACUUCAUGGAAGAUGGAUCGAUUGCUUCAAGCUACAAGGAAAAGAGGUCUUGCCAGCACAAUGAUGAUUCUAAAGGGGAACAAGAAAAACCAUUCCUUUCAGAGGGUGUCUGGUCUCAUAUACAUUCCUUUAUGCACAUUCGAGACGCGGGGCGAGCUGCCUGUUUGUCCCGGUCUUUUCUACAGUCAUGGAGAUGUCAUCCCUACCUCAUUUUUACUGAUGAAACAUUGGGUUGCAAGAAAAACACAUCUCAAGAAAACGAAAUUGCAAGCAAUUUUUACAGUAGAGUUGAUAACAUUCUGAAUAAUCAUUCAGGCAUUGGGAUGAAGGCACUCAAAAUCCAUGUUCCUAUAGGUUACACUGCAAAGGACUCACGUUAUCUUAACCGUUGGCUUCAGAUUGCUAUCACACAUGGGAUUGAAGAACUCGAGCUAAUUUUUCCUUUCAUGGCAAAGUACAAAUUCCCAUAUUCCCUUCUACCUAUGAGUGGAGACUCAAUCAAAUGUCUUGAACUUAGUUGCUGUUCUUUUUGUCCCACUUCUAAGUUUGGCUGGUUAAAAAAUCUGACAAAAUUGUGUCUUGAUGGUGUUUUUAUUGAGGGUGACGAGUUAGAGCGCCUUGUCUUCUCUGCCCUUGCUUUGGAGAGGUUGGAGAUUAGAUAUUGUGAUCGCAUAGUCUGUCUGAAGGUUCCUUCCAUGCUACAACGGCUCACAUACCUAGAGGUUUAUGAUUGUGACAAGCUUCGUGUUUUGGACAUCGAUGCUCCAAAUAUAACUUGCUUCAAUUUCGGAAGACAUCAUACGAAGACGAAACUGUCAAUUGGUGGGGGAGUGUCCAAAAUAAAAGAAUUGAGUGCAUGCUUCGACGAUGCAGUUUAUUAUGUCCGUGUUGAACUCCCGUCUAUGAUGGCAAACCUCGAAACUCUUACCAUAAAUUCAAUGGUUGAGAUGAAUAUACCAAUGCUUCCCAGCAAGUAUCUGCACCUGAAGUACUUAAAGAUUUCUCUUGCGGCGUACACCUUUCCUUCAACAUUUGAUUAUUUUUCUCUGGCUUCCUUUUUUGAUGCAUGUCCCUCUUUGGAGGCUUUUUUCUUGGAUGCAUAUCAGCGGAAGAUGAAACAUGUUUCGAUCAUUACAAAUCCUUUGGUUCUGAGGGGGACUCCUGAACAACGCCAUCACAAGCUCAAGACUGUUGAGAUGAAUGGAUUCACUUCCGCUAAGAGCCUGGUUGAGCUAGCAUGCCACAUUGCUCAGUGUGCAACAUCGCUGCAAUCCCUCAAAUUGGAGGUCCAUCAGAGUGAUUUUAAGUGUUAUAUUCCGGCUAAUAAACAUAAUAAGUGCUCCCCGCUACCUGUCGAGGUUCUGAUGGAAUCUCGACGAGCACACUUGGCCAUCAUGACGUACAUUGAGCCUAUAAUUCCCUCCACUGUGAAGUUACAGGUUGUAGGACCUUGCAGCAGAUGCCAUGCCCUUGAACAGUAGAGUACGUACUACCGUAGUUUCAGUAUUUGGGUCAUUAGUACCCUCCAUAAUAUUAGAAUGGUUUAAAUAUUUAUCGUCC